UCCCGCUCCUGCUCGUCGCCGGUGUCGUGCUCCGGCUUGUCUCGUCUCCUUUUGCUCGCUCCCACACUCUCUCGCGUGUCUGUCUUUCUCGCCUUCUCUUUUGCCUCCAGUCACCCCCCCCCAAAAGGGACUUGCCCUCGUUCUUCUCUCCAUCCUCCCACCCCAUCGUCGGUCGUUACUCUGAUCCCUUCAUCGGCCAGUGACAUCCGCCGACUUUCCACAAUCCAAACCACAUCGCCUGCCAGCGGGCUCGUCACUCUUUUAGCACCUCUUGGAUUGUGCGAAUGGGAUCAUUGGAGCUGAUCAAUUGUCCAACUCGAAAGUCGUUCUUUACCAACAACAACAACAACAACAACAACAACAGCAAUAACAUUCAAACCCAGUAAAACAACCCACCGACUGAAUAUCCUCGGUGGCCCGUCACUCUUUUGUCUCAUCAUUCCGCCCAGGCCCUCGGAAUAAUUCACUUUUCGCGAUAUUCGGCUUUAGACCCGUACACCUCGACGAAAGGUUGCUUUCCAGCCCAUUGGAUAACCCAUCUCACCCAACCCCCGUCCUGUCGAAAGCCUCCUUACGACGCACGAACCCAUUCUCCGCGUGGCUAUGGUGGCAUUGUCGUGAUACCAAUCAGAGAAGGAAGGAGAAAAUUCUCGAGGUCAACCGUCGACCUUGCUGAGAAAACAGCAACUGUUACCGGAGAGCUUUGUGGGGAUAUCAUAUCGUCCAGUGGUUAAGAGGAGUUCCCGAUGGCUUCGACAUCUUUCAGCGGCAAUGGCUACGUGAUGGGCUCCCGCAUCCCCAUUCGGGACGUCAACCCUAUCAACACCGAGCCCACCUCGGCCUCGCCCGUCCGAAUCGCCUCCCGCAUCAUUGGAGCGAGAGCAGAGUGCACCGGCUCCGCCAGCCAGUGCGAGAAGCCCGUCGACCCUUCCAGCCUGACUCUGCCCAUUACCCUGGGUAUCACAAUCCCCAUCGUCGGCGCGCUUUUUCUGCUAUUCUACUUUCACCGCAGGAACGUCAAGAGACAGGCACUCGAGGAUGCAACUGACCCGAACCGCGGCCUGGAUUUCGGAAUGGGCGAAACCUCUCCCGACAAGGGAGGCAAGAAGCGCAAGAGUCUCAUGUUUCGCGAGAAGGGGGGCACGGGCGUCGACACGAAGCAUCGUCAGCUGUCCAUGGACAUGAACCUGUCCAGCCCCUACCUCCUCCCGCCGGGCCUUCAGAGCUCACGUGAGUCUCUUCACUCGCUCGCGAGAACCCUGCACAACGAGGCCGAUCCCUACCGUCCUGUCGCUCAGUACGCCAACAGCGAUGCCGGUUCCGUCUACACCAAGACCACGAGCCGACGAGGCUCUGCCAUGACCGGCCGCACCAACAUGACCCAGAGCAGCACACUGCCCCCGCGACAGAACUCCCUGCCCAGACAGGACUCCCUUCCCAGGCCGCCUCCUGCUACGGCCGACCCCUUUGCAACGCCCAAGUCUAGGUCUGGCUCACCCGUCCUGGCGCCAAUCUCCCCCGGCAUUGUGUCCCCCACGUCCCCGGUCAUCCGAAGCCCGCUAGUCGCCGAGCCCAUCAUCCCCCAGAUCGAGACGGUACCGUAUCCCGAUGACAAAAACGGGAGCUCUCACGUCCAAAUUCCCGAUAUCCCGGAACCUGCGCCCGUCGCCCGGAGAGGACUUCCCAGCAACCCCCGUCCGUCCCCCGGCCACCCGACAAUUCCUGAGGCCCGGGAGCCCGACAGCACCCCUGCCGGCCAGGCCGAUGCCCCCGUCGGCCUAGGCCUUGACGACCUGAGCUUCCCUGCUCCCUCACACCGCCUCUCACCCCCUGCUGGCGGAGCUUUACCCGCAAGCCCCCGGCCACAAAAGGAGGCCGCUCCUUCCACCCUCCCAGCCAUUGUUCCAGAGGAAACGAAUGCUUACGACAGUUACGAUCAACAUCAGGACUAUCACGACUUUGACUUUGAAGACAGAGGCCGGUCUCAGAGGCGCUCAGUCGAUCUCAACGAUAACCGCCAGUCCCGUGCACUUGGCGUCCCUGCCCAGGACAGCAAGAGACUCUCUGUCGGCUUCCGUCCCCUGCCCCCCGAUGAGGUGAUGGAGUCGGAGGACCCUGAAGAGCGUGCCAACAGGAUCAGGUCCUUCUACAAGGAGUACUUCGAUCCUGACAACCCCCACGCCAACCAGCAGCCCCCGCCGCCCAUGCCUCGUGGCCCUCCCAGGGGACAUCCUCAGGGCGGCCCGCAGUACUACGAGGACUACGACCCGGGCUACGCCGGUGGUCCUCCCGCGGGCGACGCCUACUUCGAUCCCGAGACAAACUCAUUCGUCAUGCCCUACGCGCAGCCCGUCACUCGUCGUGCCAUGACGCCGCCCCCUAACGGUUCCCGCUUCCGAGGCCCCCCUCCUCCCCGGGUCUUGCAUGGGUCCAUGGGCGGUGGUCGUAUGGCCAGUCCUGGCCCUGGCGGAAGACGGCCUCCUCCCCCCCGUGUCGGCUCGGCCAUGUCCAGCCGGCUCGGCCCCUCCCGGCCGGGCUCCGACAUGUCCAGCCAGUACACGCCCCGUCCCGGCUCGUCGGUUUCCAACAGAACGAACGGUGGCCGACCCAAACCAAAGGGACCCCCUCCCGCCGACCUGACCACGUUGCCCAACCCCUCGAAGCUCAAGGAUGACUCCUUCUCCAUCUUGAACCCUCUCGACUUCGCCCCCCCGGAGACCUUUUCCGCUCGCGCUCGCGGUAGGUCUCAGAGCCCGGCGGGAGAGAGACGCCCGUACGCCGCCCCCCAGAUUCCGGUUCACUCCCCAUUGGUGAGCAGCUUUGAAGAGAUGCCCGCCAUGCCAAGCCCGCACUUGUUGCGGAAAUCCGGAACAUUUACCGCUCUUGACUUUGCCCCUCCCCGAAAAUUCAAAGACUCGGACACGAUGAGCGACGCCGGAAGCAUUCGUAGCAAUCGCAGUGGCAUCUCAGCCGUCCAGAACGCGGCCCUCCGCAGUGGCGCGGGCCGAGUCAGCCGCUUGCCUGGCGAUACAGUGUUUACGACGAACGCUCUCCAGGACCAGCUCAAGCCGCAGUGGGGCAUGCGUCCGUAAAUCAAGUACCGGCGUCUUUCUAGUCGUUGAUAUCAUUACCUAGACCAACGCGUAUUGAUACGGCAGCGCCGAAUCCACGGUUCAUGACUAUAGCAUAUUCGCACGCAUAGGGAUCAUCCAUGUAUAUGAAUUUGCGCGCACAAACAAAAAGAGGGACCAGCCCAUGGGGGUGUUUUCAUUUUGCAAUUUGCAUAACGGUGUUAUCUCUUCUCGCAUUUAGUAGCGAUGUACUGCUAAUGUCUUUUUUUUCUCUUUCUCCGACGAAACUCCCUUUUCGAGUUUCGCUGCGUGGAGUAUUCGGGUCACGACACAUCUGUUUAGUUUUUAUUUUUAAACCAAAUUUGCGCCCUCAGCUUUGUUAGCGAUGGGGGCGCCUUUUGCACAUAGAAAAAAGGAUCGGGACAUCUUGGACCAUUCCUCGACCACCAACAGUUAGAUGAUGAAUACUACACAAGUAUACU